AUGUUUAGUUUAGGGAGAGCUUAUUGCGUACUAAGAAAAGAUAAAUAACUAAUCAGACCACAUCUUGAUUGGUAAAAUUAAAGAGAAUUCAGUGACUAAAGAGCUUUAUUCUUUGAGUAUAAUUUGUAAUAUGGAUUGAAGAGCGCUGGAAUAAGUUAAUUAGUUUACUUUACAAAUGAAGAUUUUAUUAAUACUUUAAAGAUAUUUCCACAAGAAUAUGAGAAAUAUAGCAUGCUCAAAGAUAAUAUGAUAUUUCAAGAAAAAUUUAUAGAUUUAAAGUGCUAUUGCUGCAACCAAUAUGGCCAUUCAACUGAUAAAUGUCCUAUGGUUCAUCAUAUACCAGAUAAAUUUUCAACCAUCAUCAAAUAAAACAAACCAGAGAUUUAAGUAAAACGAUAAGCUUAUAAAAGGACUCUAAACAGAAUGAAUUCAGUUAAAUCUAAAUUCAAGGUAUCAUAAGAUAUUAAGGAUACUAGAAUUAAAAUUAUUUAAUAAUUCUUUCCUUACUACUAGCCAAUACUAUCCUAAAAUCUUUCUGACGAAUUAUUUUUUAGUAGAGUCCCAGAGAUAUUAUAAUCUAAUGGAGAAUUGCUAGUAGUUCUAGAUGAAAUAUUAGAUGAAGAAGAAGAGGAGUUCUAUUCUUAAAUGCAAAGUGAUUUGGCAAAUAACUAACCAUCGAUAGUAAAUAAUAAUUAUAUAGAUUUUACUAAAAAUUAAUCUAUAGAUAAUCCUAAUGGAGUUUCAUUUGGAAAUGUUUAGACUAAAUAACAAGAAAGUCUUGUGCAUAUACCGAAUAUAUUUUAAUAAGCUUAAUUACCUCAAUAAUAAGAUUAGCCAAUUAAUAAUAAAUCUUCUUCAUUAGUAGAUAUAGAUUCUAAAAGUAUAUAGCCUUAAUAAAUUAAUAAAGUGAGCUCGUAAGCUGAAAUAAAUUUAAAAUCACCCCAGCGAACUAACAGAAGUUUUCCAAUAUUUAGUGAUUAAAUUGCAGGCCAAAACAAUUCAAAUAUUUAACUUAUUGCUCCAUAAAAUAAAGAUGUUUAACAGACAAAUUAGUAGCAAAAUAUUUUAAUUAAUGACUAUAAAACAGGUGAAAUUCAUAAUCCUGACUCAGUAGUUGAAGAGCAACAUUUUUAACUUCCACAAUUUAAGUAUUAACAUCUAGUCACAUAAUAACAAGAUAUCAAUAGCACGUAUAGUAGCUAAAUCUCUCGUAAAAGCAAUAAAAGCUUUAAUAAGUAAUAAAGCGAGCAAACCUUCAAUGUUAAUGUUAAUAAAAAUGUUUAUGAAUUAAGCUAAAAGUCUAAAGUUGGUGCUUUUCAUAACUUAUCAAUUACAUAACAACCUUAAAAUUAAGCAAAUAUAUUUAAUCUUGAGAGUCCAACUAAGAGAAAUUCAAAUAUCUUAAAUUAUCUUGAAAGUCCUCCAAGAAAUUCAGUGCGUGCAGGCUUUAUUUAAACUACAACUCUUUGUGAUGGGCAAAUUUAAACUAAUAGUAAAUUUAAUAAAUUUUAGUUUUUAAAAGCUUUUAAAAUUAUUUUUAAUUAUUUAUCUUAGACUCUUCGAACGAGCAAAAAUACUGGCCUUCUUCAAUCAGACAACAAUAAUAAAUGA